AUGGGGUGUGUAGCUUCAAAGCUAGAGGAAGGAGUAGUAGUAACAAUCUGCAAAGAGAGGAAGCGCCAGCUGAAGCUAGCAGUGGAGAAGAGAAAUGCACUUGCAGAAGCACAUUGCAAGUAUUGUCAAGCUUUGUGUGCAGUAGCUGCAGCUGUUAACCUCUUUGUUUCUCGCUACUCUUCACCACCUUCACCUUUCCUCAUCACAUUUUCGCCACCUUCUCCUCCUCGCCAGUCUCAUUCUCACCCUCAGCUCACUCAUGACAAUGUGAUCACCAACCCAAUGUUCCUCCAGCAAAGGCCUUCUGAGUCGACUCAUGAAGCCAUUGCCUGCGAUUCUUGUGCUUCUUCUUCUUCGACGUCCUCGGAAUGUUCCGAGGAGGAGAGCAGAGUAGUGGAAGAACAUAACCAAAAUGAGCCAAGAACAGGGGAGAGAGUUGAGAGAGUAGAGAGAGUAGAGAGGGAGGAGCAUGAUUUUGGGUACUUCUAUAUGCAAAUGCCGCAAGUAAUGCCAUCACCCCAAGGAGAAUUCGGAUGGGAUUUCUUCAACCCUUUUGAGGGGGUAAGGCCGGAGGUUAUAACCGGGUACAGGAGGAGGUCCGAAGAGGAUUUAAGGGCGGUGAGGGAGGAGGAAGGGAUACCUGAGCUUGAGGAGGAAGGUGAGAGAGAAGUGGAGCAUGAGAAGAAGGUUGUGGUGGUGGAAGAAAAGAGGGGUGUGGAGAAUGGAAAUGAGGGUGAAGUGGUGAAAGUAAUGGAUGAAGGUAAUGUGACUCAGGGGGAGACUAGAGGGCUAUCUGUGAUUGAUACACCAGCUGAAGGAAGGGAGCUUUUGGAAGCAUUGAAGGACAUUGUGGACCUUUUCUUGAGGGCUUGUGAGUCCGCAAAGGAUGUCUCUAAGAUGCUUGAUGCUAAUAAGGUUCAGUUGCAGUCUGGUUUGGAGGAAAUUAAAGAGAACUCAACAAAGCUUAAUCAAGCUAUAUCAUGGCAUUCCACUUCAUUAUCUAAGGCGUCAUCGGGUAAGAGUCUUGUGACAGCCAGCUCCAAAAGUUCUACAAUAUGGACGGAGUUUAGCAAUGAUUUUUUCGAUGAUUAUGGAGGAAUGGAUUCUGGAAGUCACUCACUUACCCUAGGAAGGCUAUAUGCAUGGGAAAAGAAGCUCUAUGAAGAAGUUAAGGCGGGAGACAUGACACGGAAGCUUUAUGAGAAAAAAUGCUCACGUCUUAAACACCAGGAUGUCAGAGGAGAUGAUGAACUGACCACAGACAAAACUCGAGCUGCAGUAAAAGAUUUAUACGCUAGGAUCAUGGUUGCAAUUCGGAGUGCUGAAUCAAUCAGCAAGAGAAUCCAGAUUCUGAGGGAUGAAGAACUGCAGCCCCAGAUUGUUGAACUGUUGAAAGGCUUAAUGCGCACCUGGAAAAUUAUGUUGGACUGUCAUGAAACCCAAAACAAGAUUCUUGUCCAGGUAAAAUCGUUUGCCGGUUCCACAUUCGGAAAAUUCUGCAACAACUCCCACCGGCUUGCAACACUGCAGCUCGAGGCUGAGCUUUUGAACUGGCAUGGAUGCUUUGCCCAGUAUGUUGCAGCACAGAAAGCAUAUGUUGAAGCUCUCCACGGUUGGUUGACCAAGUUUGUGGCCCCUGAAGAGAAAUUUUACUCAAAGGGGAGGAGUUCAGCUGUGCCAUAUGGGGUCAAUGGCCCCCCAUUGUUUGUGAUCUGCCAUGACUGGUUAGCUUCCAUGGAGAAAUUACCCAAUAGGGCGGUGACAUUUGCUUUGAAAAGCCUAGCAAAGGAUGUGAGGGCUCUGUGGACUCAGCAAGGUAAAGAACAGCAACAGAAAAGGAAAGUUGACAGCCUAGCAAAAGAGCUCGACCGCAGAAUUCUGGCAUUCCAGAAGUCAGAGAGCAAGCUACUUGAGCCAAAGCUUACAGAGCAUAAAUCUGAGUCGGACAUGGAUCAUUGGAGUGAGCUCUGUCAAGGGAAGAAGGAUCAGCUGGACAUGUUUAGAAGAAAGCUUGAUAUAGAGAGGGAAAAACACCAGAACUACAUGCAAGAAACUCAGCGGAUCACUCUAAAUGGAUUUCAAACUGGGUUUUGUUCAGUUUUCAAGUCCCUAACCGAGUUCUCCCAGGCUUCUCAGAAAAUGUACAGUGAUCUCGUGACCUACAAGGAAAGUGUUGAUAAUGUUGGAAACCCAUCCUAUAUAGAGGGUGCCAAGGUUGAAGAAGAGAAUGGCAGCAGAUGACAUGCCAAAUUUUCAGAAAUUCGGAUAGUUGAUUGUGUAUCUUGAUUUGUAUAUAUUGUGCUGAAGCAGCUCGCUAAGACACAAUUAUUUAUGUUUUAAGGGUGACUGGGUAAUUGUUUCAAAAUUGUCUCCAACAAACAAUUUUAGUAAGAUUCUUAAAUUCCUUUGAUGAGUUUGAUCUUCCUGGACAAUAAUAUCAAAAGCCUGUAGUGGUUGCACUAGUGCACUCAGGUUCUGGAAAUAGGAGAAUCUU